AUGGCGUGGCCCUGCAUCAGCAGGGCGUGCUGCAUGGCCCGCUUCUGGAACCAGCUGGACAAGGCUGACAUUGCGGUGCCUUUGGUGUUCACCAAGUACACGGACGUCUCUGAGAUGCAGCACAUCCAGCUGCAGCCGCCGCUCCACCCUGCGCAGGCCCGGGUCGCCAUAGAAACGCAGCCGUCUCGCGCCGAAAGCCGCACCGCUCCGGCGGCACGCGCGCCGCGGAGGUGCGUCUCCGAGGAGCGCGUGUGCAGCUCGGUGAUGCGCGAGGACUUUAAGCACUGGAAAGUUCGGCCCGAACCGAGCUGUAAACCCAAGAACGAGUACCACGGACCCGAGACGCCGUUCAACAGCGAGACCCAGUACCAGAAGGACUUCAAGCCCUGGCCCAUCCCCAAAAGGUACGACCACCCCUGGAUACCCAAACCCCCCGCGGACGACCGGGCCCGGGACCGGUCCAGGCACGCCAAGCAGAAGCUGGCGGAGGCGGACAGCGGCGUGGAGAAGAGCGCUAUCGCCGACAAGGUGCAGGAGAAAGACCUGCUGCAGGGCCCGGAGAGGAAAAAGCGCUCCGCGGGCAAGAAGGACGGCGAGAAGAAGGUGGCGGUGAAGGCGGAGGGAGAGGGCCGAGGGCGGGCGGCGGCGGACGCGGUCAACAGACAGAUCAGAGAGGAGAUCACAGGAGGCAGCUCGUACAAAACCGAGUUCAAGGCCUACAGAGAUGUGAAGCCGGUAAAGAUGAUCCGAGCCCGGUCCCAGUACCUGCCCCCGGAUGAGAAGACGAGCCUAGAGACCAGCUACAGCGCCACCUUCAAGGCCCAAGCCCCGCUGCAGCCGGCCGACAACAAGGCCCUGGAGAGGAGGAGGAUACGCAGUUUGUACAGCGAACCUUACAUAGACCCCAGCAAACAGGUUGACAGGUAUAGUGUCCCUCGCUCUAAACCCAAAAAGUCUGGAGCCACAGCGGCAGGCCAGGGCAAGCCAGUGAAGAAAGCCAAAGAUAAGCAGAGCGCCGCGCUGAGGGGCUCCAAGAAGACGACCUCGGAGAACCAGAGCGAGAACCGGCCGGCGGUGGGGGACAAGGAGAAAAGUAAAGAGAUGAACAACAAACUGGCUGAGGCAAAAGAAGAUGCUAAAGACGAGCUUCUCCGACCCAGUCAUCAUCAUUCCCAGGGUGCUGCUGGAGGAGAACCACAGCCACCGAUGGAGGGAGGCGAGCCUCGGCGGAGCGGCGGAGUCGUACGCUUUGCCCUAGACGUCAACCAGACUGAGUAGCGCUGCCUGUGAGGACGCAGGCAGCAACACCGUCAUGCAGAGACUGCUGCUGCUCUGUGCUGUAAAUACCUAGUGUUAAAAAAAAGAAAAGAAAAGAGGUGAAUCCCACAAAAAAAGAAAAGAGAAAACUUUCUGCUAUCCACAUAUUUGAAACACGCAUGUUUGAAACAGCUUCUGCCUCAAAGGUUCUAAGCUGUUUGACCCAUGGCAUUAUUGCAAAGGUGCUACAUCAUUUUCUGGUUUCACGCAGUUUAUUUUAAGGGAAUAUGUCGAUAUUAUUAUUAUUAUUAGCCUGGAUACCACACCAUGAAGUGCUUAUCAAUCACAACAAACUGUACUGUACAUUGAUGGGUUUUAGUGUAAAUAAAUCAGCAUAUCUGGCA